GGAUGAUGAAAGUCAGAAUAGCUUAGAGUGUAUUCAAGCCAAUCAGAUUUUCCCUCGUAAGCAGCUGAUCCGUGAAGAUGAAAACCUUCAGGUUCCUUUCCAAGAACUACAUGGAGAGAGCACAGAGUUUGUGGGGCGAGCAGAAGAUGCGGUCAUUUCUUUGUCCAAUUAUCGUCUCAACAUUAAGUACAAAGAGUCUUUUAUCAAUGUUCCUUUGCAGCUGAUAGAAUCAGUAGAGUGCCGGGAUCCCUUCCAAGUCCACCUGACCUGCAAGGACUGCAAAGUAAUCAGGUGUCAGUUCUCCAACUUUGAGCAAGUCCAAGAAUGGCAAAAGCGUCUCAAUGCAGCCUUACGUCCUCCCAGUCGUAUAGAGGAUCUUUUCUCCUUUGCUUAUCAUGCCUGGUGCAUGGAGGUUUAUGCUAGCGAGAAAGAACAGCAUGGAGACUUGUGUCGCCCAGGUGACCACGUGAUCUCGCGCUUUAAGAAUGAAGUGGAACGGAUGGGCUUUGACAUGGAUAAUGCUUGGAGAAUUUCCAAUAUCAAUGAGAAAUUCAGAUUAUGUGCAAGCUAUCCACAAGAGCUGAUAGUCCCAGCAGGUAUAACAGACAAAGAAUUGGAGAGUGUUGCUAGCUUUCGCUCUUGGAAACGCAUUCCUGCAGUGGUGUACAGGCAUCAGAGUAAUGGUUCUGUUAUCGCUCGCUGUGGCCAGCCAGAGGUUAGCUGGUGGGGGUGGAGGAAUGCAGAUGAUGAGCAUCUUAUUCAAUCCAUAGCCAGAGCCUCUGCGUCUGACAGCAGCCGAAGCAGUCCAGGCAAAAUGGCUAAUGAUUCGUGCACACGUAGCAACGUUAAUGAAGUGCUUUCUGAGGUUGAUUUUGACUCCUCAAUGUCAAAUUCACCCUCUUCGGACAGCAAACUCUGCUCAGCCCCAAAAACUGUUGAUUCUUGAUGCCCGAUCCUAUGCUGCUGCUGUGGCCAAUCGUGCUAAGGGUGGAGGCUGUGAGUGUCCAGAGUAUUAUCCCAACUGUGAAGUUGUGUUCAUGGGGAUGGCCAAUAUUCACUCCAUCCGCAAGAGCUUCCAAUCGUUACGUCUGUUGUGCACACAGAUGCCAGAUCCAGCCAAUUGGCUAUCUGCACUGGAGGGCACAAAGUGGUUGCAGCACCUUUCCAUGUUACUCAAGUCAUCCCUGCUGGUUGUUCAUGCAUUGGAUCGUGAUCAGCGCCCUGUUCUAGUGCACUGUUCAGAUGGAUGGGACCGUACGCCACAAAUUGUAGCUCUCUCCAAACUCCUGCUGGAUCCAUAUUACAGGACCAUUGAGGGAUUUCAGGUUUUGGUGGAAACGGAGUGGCUGGACUUUGGGCACAAAUUUGCUGACCGCUGUGGGCAUGGGGAGAACUCUGAAGACCUGAAUGAGCGCUGCCCAGUCUUCUUGCAGUGGCUGGACUGUGUCCACCAAUUACAGAGACAGUUUCCUUGUUCUUUUGAGUUCAAUGAAGCUUUUCUGGUGAAAUUGGUACAGCACACCUACUCUUGCCUUUUUGGGACCUUCCUGUGUAACAACGCCAAGGAGAGGAGUGAGAAACACAUACAAGAGCGUACUUGUUCCGUUUGGUCACUUCUGCGAGCCGGUAACCGUGUUUUCAAGAAUUUGCUGUAUUCCUCUCAGUCAGAAACAGUUCUGUUUCCUGUGUGCCAUGUCCGCAAUCUGAUGCUGUGGAGUGCAGUUUACCUUCCUGGCUCAUCUCCAUCCACACCUAGUGAAGAAUCCUGCAUCCCCUACCCAAGCCCUGGUUCUGCCACAGAGGAACCACCACAUGGCAGGUUACCGAAGACAAGAUCAUAUGACGACCUUCCAACGGCUUGUGACUUAACUGUACCAUGUGUAAACCGGCGAAGCAGCGACCCCAGCCUAAAUGAGAAGUGGCAGGAGCAUCGACGUUCUCUGGAGUUAAACGGCUUGGCAAACUCUGUAGAAGAAGGGCAGGAAGGAGAGAGACUCCCUCUAGGGGCACAGCUGUCCAUGGCAGCUGGUGUUGGGGAAGGGCAAAUGGAAAACAUUUUACAGGAAGCCAGCAAGGAAGAAGGAGGGGGGGAAGAGCAGGCAGGAAAAUUGGCAAUUGGGGAAGUAGACGGGUAUAUAGAGAAAUCAGAAAAAGCACAGGAAGGGCCAGAGAAAUCAGAGAAGGAGUCAUACUUGAAUGGUGACACAGUAAAGGGGGAAAAUGAUGGGGAAAUAGAGAGUGUCGGUCUCAUGCCAGGGCAGCUAUGUGCAGAAAUUGACCACCCAGAACAUGGAACUGAAUCAUUUGAGCAGUCUGCGAAAGAGUUAUGUGCUAAUCAGGUAUGUGAGCCUGAGGAAUCACAGAGCCAGACUGCUGAGGAAUUGUCCUCUGAGCCAGAGGAGAAUGAGAAAUGUGAUGAAAGCGGGUCAAAAGAUGAACUCCGAAGUAGUCCCACAGAUGAUUCUAACAAUUUCCCAUCACACCUUGUACUUGAAACCUCCACAGAAACUUUAACAGAUGAUCAUUCACCUCCAUGGUCCAGCAUGCUGGACCAUGUGACCGCAGCAAAUGAACUUUCACAGAAACCAGAACAGGUAUCUGAUGAAGGCAUCGUUAUGACGGGCUUGUGUGGGCUUCAAAAUGAAAGGACGUGUUCUCCCUUUUCCCCUUAUUCAUAGUGCCUUUCCCCCUUCUGAAUGCAAUGCACAGACUGUAUGGAAUAGGGACCAAUCCUCACCUCCUCCUAUCCUAGAUGGACCAUGUCUUAGUGUGGACAAUCGUCGGGGAAAGCAGACAUUGUCACGUCAGAAUUCUUGUUCAAACAACCCUCAAAUCCACCUCAGAAACAUCCCACACAAGUGCCCUUUGCACAGUUGUGGGAGGCACCGCAUAGGAGCACCCCAGAGCAGCCAGCCCGCAAUCACUUGGAUGAUGAUGGGAUGCCGUUGUAUGUGGAUGCUAUUCAGCAAAGACUGAGACAAAUGGAAAGUGGCCAUCAACAAGAAGUGGAAACUUUGAAGAAACAAGUGCAGGAGCUACGUUGUCGACUUGAGAGCCAUUUACACAACAGCCCCCUCCGUUUCAAUGGAGAAUAUACAGAUGAGGUGACCUCAAUUCCUGACUCUGAAAGCAAUCGGGACCCCAGCUGUUUGUCGGGCUGCAGCACAGAGCCUUUCUCUGAGGCCAGCUGGGAGCAGGUAGACAAGAGGGACACUGAAGUAAGCCUUCUGUCCUCUUCACCAUCCAAAAGCAUUAG